AUCCCUAGUCACCCAUAUAAGAAAAUAUUUUUUUAUUUAUAAAAAAAAAAAAAUUAAAAAAAAACACCAAAAAAUUGUGCGUUCAUCCGACUUGUCGUUUCGUCUUUUCUCUGUACAAAAUUUUACGAAUGCGGACAGGUCUAAUGUCGUCUCAAGUUCCCCAUUGCGAACUGAGGGUGUAUCAUAAAUUCGCGCCAAUGUGUAAAAUUUGUUUAAAACCCUAAACCCUCGAAAUCUGCAUCUUCGAUUCAUGCUCUAUACUUGUUCUUCUCAGCGAUUCAAAUCAGUUUCGUUUUGUUUUCCCCGAUUAUCAAUCAAUUUCCACUCCCAAUCUUCCGCAAUCACGUAUGACGACGACCUUCUCGAUUUCUUCGAUCAUCUUCUUCGGCAAUGCAAUGGGAUUCAACAUAGCAAACAAGUUCAUUCCGCCACCGUUGUCACCGGCGUCUAUUCUUCAGCGUUCGUCGUCGCUCGGCUUGUGUCCAUCUAUGGCCGUUAUGGGCUUGUUUCUGAUGCCCGUAAAGUGUUUGAUUCUGCGCCAUUUGAACGUUUGUCGAACAUGCUGUUAUGGAAUUCGAUUAUAAGAGCAAAUGUAAAUCAUGGGUAUUGUAGAGAAGCGCUUCAACUUUAUGCGAAAAUGAGAAAUUAUGGGGUUCGGGGGGAUGCGUUUACUUUUCCUCUGGUUUUGAGGGCUUCUUCCAAUUUGGGUAGUUUCAACUUGUGCAAGAAUCUACAUUGUCAUGUUGUGCAAUUUGGGUUACAAAAUCAUUUGCAUGUUGUGAAUGAAUUGUUAGGGAUGUAUGCGAAGCUUGAACGAAUGGAUGAUGCCCGCAAAGUGUUUGAUAAAAUGCGCAUCAAAAGUGUAGUUUCUUGGAACACUAUGGUUUCUGGUUAUGCCUAUAAUUAUGAUGUUAAUGGUACUUCUAGGAUGUUCCAUCAAAUGGAGUUGGAAGGGGUUGAGCCGAACCAUGUAACUUGGACUUCGUUACUGUCGAGCCAUGCCCGGUGCGGUCUUCUUGAAGAAACUAUGGUGUUGUUUAGCAAGUUAAGGAUGAAAGGUGUUGGUGCCACUGCUGAAAUGCUUGCUGUGGUGUUAUCUGUUUGUGCUGAUUUAGCUACAUUGAACAAGGGUCAGAUGAUUCAUGGAUAUAUGGUGAAGGGAGGUUUCUAUGAUUACUUGUUUGCUAAGAAUGCGCUUAUAACUCUAUAUGGAAAAGGAGGAGACUUGGUAGAUGCAGAAAAGCUAUUUCAUGAGAUGAAAGUGAAAAAUCUUGUGAGUUGGAAUGCUCUUAUAUCCUCCUAUGCUGAAUCUGGAUUAUAUGACAAAGCUUUUGAAUUGUUUUCUCGGCUGGAGGAAAUGGAAGUCUAUCCAGAGAUGAAACCAAAUGUUAUAACUUGGAGUGCAGUCAUUUGUGGAUUUGCUUCCAAGGGACUAGGAGAAGAAUCUUUGGAAGUUUUUCGUAAAAUGCAGCUUGCAAAUGUAAAGGCAAACUCAGUGACGAUAGCUAGUGUUUUAUCGAUUUGUGCUACGCUAGCUGCUCUAAAUCUUGGUAGGGAAAUGCAUGGUCAUGUCAUUAGAGCUCGGAUGGAUGAUAACAUAUUGGUAGGAAAUGGAUUGAUUAACAUGUAUACAAAAUGUGGAAGUUUCAAGCCAGGCUGUAUGGUGUUUGAAAAACUUGAAAAUCGAGAUUCAAUAUCAUGGAAUUCAAUGAUUGCAGGAUAUGGAAUGCAUGGACUUGGUAACAAUGCUCUUGCAACUUUCAAUCAGAUGAUCAAAUCUGGGUUUAGACCAAAUGAUGUUACCUUUAUUUCUGCUCUGACUGCUUGUAGUCACGCCGGUCUUGUUGCCGAAGGUCGUUGGCUUUUUUAUCAGAUGCUACAGAACUUCAAGAUCGAACCUCAGAUGGAGCACUAUGCAUGCAUGGUCGAUCUUCUCGGUCGUGCUGGGCUUGUGGAAGAAGCAAGUAAUAUCGUCAAGGGCAUGCCAAUUGAACCCAAUGCUUAUAUCUGGAGUGCUCUUCUCAACUCUUGCAGAAUGCACAAAGAUACAGAUGUUGCAGAAGAAACUGCAUCUCAAAUUUUCAUUCUGAACUCCGAGAUAACUGGAAGUCAUAUGUUGCUCUCGAAUAUUUUUGCUGCAAGCUGUAGAUGGGAGGAUUCUGCAAGGGUGAGGAUCUCAGCAAGAAUGAAGGGCUUAAAGAAAGUUCCUGGAUGCAGUUGGAUAGAGGUGAAGAAGAGGGUUUAUACGUUCAAAGCAGGACACUCGAUACCAGAAGGUUUAGAGAAAGUUGAUGAAAUUCUUCAAGAUUUGGCUCUUCAGAUAGAAAAUCAUGAUUUUGAUGAUAGUGUUAUUGAAUAAUGUUCAAGAACAACAUAAAUGAAAUUUUAUACCAAAAUACUCUCUCCAUAUGUGUGAAGCCCUUCAUUUUGUGGUUUA